GACCAACCUGCCAACGUGCUGGCCCCUGAGUUGUCGCGCAACGGGACAGCGUCCUGUCAGGAGGCGGGUUCGGACAGCGCUUCCCAUAUGGCAAGUCAGUGCGACGUCAUGCUGGUUCCAUCCGUGUACAAGGCGAAGAAGGCUGCGGGCAUCAAUAACUUAUUGUAUUACAAAGUGGAACGCGUGCGCCGACGCUUUGAUCUCCUUGGUGCAGUUGCCAGGUGGGGCGCUGAGCUGACCAGGGACCACGUCGACACGUUGAUGGCGCGCCCUGAGGUGCUCCCAUCCUUUGGUGCGAGCGGCGUUCUCACACAGGCAAAGCGUGAUCUGGAGGAGAUGCAGCAGCAGGUAAUACUGGAGCUUCAUGAGUGCGAGGAGGUGGUAGCUAAGAUGUACAAUAAUAGCGACGUCACCGAGGCCGAGCAGCUGGGGCGUAUCUACCAGGAGUUCCGCAAACUGGGGCACCACCGCGACCACGAGCCAAUAAUCUGCCGCCAGAACAUGUUGCACAGCUGGAGCCGCGUGUGUUUGGUGCCCCGGUAUGGUGGCAACAUGUGCAUGGAGCAGGGGCUGCCGACUGGGCAAGGCUAUCGCCUGCAGAUGGAUGGUGUCUUGGGAAGAGUUGACUAA